AUGUCGAGCAACAAAUGGAGAAUUGACUUUACAAAUCUUUCAGAUCAAGCAAGACGACGAGAAGUUCGAGGGCAAAAUUAUGUCAUAGAUGCACCGCCUCCACCAGGGUUUACCGCGUCUGUUCCGGCUAUCACUGCUUCAAGUUCUAAAGGCAUUUUGAAAGCGUGGGAUGUAGCUUUAUCUCCAGGAAAAAAUAUACCCAUGAAUGCUUUUAUGUUAUGGAUGAGUGGAAAUGGAGUACAGAUAUUUAGCGUUAUGAUUACAGGAAUGUUAUUUUUCCAGCCGAUUAAAGCAUUAAUGGGGAUCGAUAGUGCAUAUUCUUUAAAAGUGUUUGAACGAUAUGAAUCACCAAAAACCAGGCCACAUUUAAUGUUACCAAAACUUGUUUAUGUAAUCUUACAGCUUCUUACAAUGGCCUUGGGAUUAUAUAAAUGUUUUUCCAUGGGACUUUUACCCACUGCAACUUCUGAUUGGCUAGCCUUUAUGGAACCAAGACAGGAAAUAAUAUAUUAUGAUUAG